AGAACUCGCUACGUUCACAAACAGAUCAUAACCCAAAAGGAGCGCUCUGCUAACUCAACAUAAUCCAGAGCCAAGAUUGAAGUAGAAAUUUAAACACUAACAAAAAAAAAAUAAAUACGGGUUAAGUUCAGGACGAGAAAUCUAAAAUAUUUAAUUAGUUACAAAAACUAUACGUUUAAGUUCAUUGAAUUUUUUUCCACGUUGUUGUUGUUGUAUACACAAAACGUUUCAGCAAAUGUUGAGACAUCGAUAAGCGACGAUAAGCGAAGAGCAAUAACACGAGACCCACCAACAUCAUUAUCAUCAGCAGUUGUUCAUAAAUUAUACUAAGUAAAAAUAGAUCGCAUCAAGUAGAAAAUUUGUAUUACAUAAAUAUAAAUAGAAGCUGUAAUCAUAAUUGGUUUCAUAUUAAAAAUCCAUACUCUACAAGACAAGACGCAAUUAUUAUGAGGAAUAUUAAUCUACUAAAACUAUCGACUGGCCUUACGAUUGCGGUGUGCAUUGUUGCGACCACGUACGCCAUCUCCAGCACAUGGGGCAACAUCUCGAAUUCGGCGCAAUUGUUGCAUGUGGAGAAUGUGUUUAAUGCGUCAUCGCCUGGAAAAUAUGUGAAUCGUGAAAUUAUAUUUCCCAAAAAUGGCAUUGGCAAUGGACGCAUUAUAACCGGCAUACGCGCCUUCGAUCAAGUGACAAAUGGCACUGGCGGUCAUGCCACCAUCUAUUCGGGUGGACCAGGUUUCAAUAAUGUCACCAUCAAACUGCAAUCCCAAUAUAAUUAUGGACUAAUAUUUCGUGUGGAAAUUUACGGCAAAUAAUCACUAGCAGACUAAUUUCAUAAUUAACAAAACAUACCUAUUUUUAUUUAGUAAUAAUUAUUAUUUUUGUGUUUUUCUUUUUUUUGUUUUUGGUUAUUUAUACUUAUUUUUCUAGAACUAAGCAAUACUAAUACGAACAGCAAGUUUUAAGAAAAAAUGCAUGUAUAGAGCAAAAGAGCACAAGAAAUUAAUGACUUAUGUCUUCUAUUGUUAAACUUUUAAGAUAAGCAAUUAUGCACGUACAUACGUGCAUAUGUAUGUAACUGUGGCAGAUGUGACUUUAUUGAAAAAAUGAAAAAAAAAUAUAUUAUUAAAUAUUAGAGCAUUUUCAUGAAACCAUGUGCUUGAAGAGAAUUUCGUUAAUAAAUUAAAUAUUUGAAGAUAAUGAUUGAGUAUAA